UUUUGUUUUACCAUGUUAAAUAAAUUUGGGAUGCAAAUAACCGCAACUGUAAUCUUGCUUCCUACUUUAUAUUAAGAGUAAUGCUCACGAAAACAUCAAAAUUUUGCCGUUAUAGCACUUGCUUGUAAUUCAAAACGUAAGAUAAAAGUUUUUUGAAAAAUAAUCAUGGAAAAAACUUUGAUGAUUUUAUAAGUGGAUGUCUCCUUAUAUUGUGAAAAAAACCAGUUAGCAAAAUUAUGACAACUGCUAAUACAAGUCAUACAAUAAAAGGUAUAAGUCCAUAUGAAAUUAAUAUUCAAGAACAAAUAAUUGAAGCUUUCCGAGUGUUCGAUGAAGACGAAAGUGGACAAAUAGAAAUAAAGAAUGUGGAAAUAAUUGCAAGAGCAUUAGGACGAGUUCCAAGAAAAGCGGAAAUCAAGCAAUUUAUAAAGCAAGUUAGAGAUCCUGAAGCAAAAGGGUUUGUUCGUUUAGAGGUAUUAUUACCAGCACUAAAAGAGAUUCUUUUAAAAGAUAAAUGGAAGCCUGCAUCCAAAAAACAAUUAUUGGAAGCAUUUGAAUUUUUUGAUUUCAAACACACAGGUCGCUUAAGUCCUACAUUCAUGAGAAAGCUGUUAGAACAUGGUGAUAGUUUGAACGAACAAGAGGUCAAGUCAUUUCUUUCUACUGUAGUGAAUCCUUUCAGAGACAAAAUUGAGUACGGAAAAUGUUGCGACAAAUUAGUUCUACCAGACAUUGUUGAUAUCAUACAUAACAAGAAGAUGAUUCUUUCAGAAAUAAAGCAUGAAAUUUAG